AAUGCAGGGGCCGAGUGGGUGUGAGCCGCCGCCAUGUUCUCUAUCCGACACAAGAGGGAUCAUCUCAGGAGCUGAGCAAGCACCAAACAAACUCAGGACAGUCAGGAAAGGAUGCUGCUAUUUGAGCUCUUAAGCAGACUGUGGGGUUGAUUCGAUAUGUACGCAUUUAGCUAGAGCUAAACACAACAAUGGAAAAUAAUGGAAACUGAGACAACACGUGAGCAGGGGACUGUGUGGGGGAGGACCUCAGGGAGAGAGUGUAUGUGCAAGGUGUAGCGAUGUGUGUGUGUGCGCGCGUGUGUGUGUUACGCAUUGGUAACCAUGCUGUAUCUCAUGUACACACAACGCUGACAACCAAAUCAAACAGGGACAUGUACAGUAUAGUACAACAACUACUGCUGCUUUUCUAGUUUGUUGGACUUGGAUGGGACUGCUACUGAGACUUGCGAUGCUGCUGAUUUCCAGAUGCAUGACGAGCUGAACUGCUUCAAGAGUGGUGCUGUCUGAAUGACAAGAAGAAGCAGGUCUAUUAUGUGCCAGCUUGAAGGAGCCAAAUGCAGCUUCCUAUUGUGCCUAGGGAUGAGCAUCAUGGUCUUCUCCAUUAUUUAUUUGAGGGGCAGAUUUCCCAAGGAGGCCCCACUCAUGGAACCACCACCGCCUUGCCGACCUUUCUCCGCACAAUGUUGUGCUUUUCUCCCUGCCACUCACAGACAGACAAAAUGGCAACGACGUGACUGUCAGAUACAAAGCUAUAUUACAAACAAUGAUCUUCAGUGCUCCCAUUUGAUGACAGACCUUCACUUCAUCACAACACCCCUGAGCGGUGAGGAGAAGGACUACCCUUUAGCGUUCAUCCUGACUGUUCACAAGGAGCUGGAGCUUUUUGUUCGAAUACUUCGGGCGAUUUACACGCCCCAAAACGUCUACUGCGUUCAUGUGGAUGCAAAGGCUUCGCAGGAGUACAGAGCAGCCAUAAGGAAGCUGGUUAACUGCUUUGAAAACAUCUUCCUGUCCAGCCACAGCGAGGUUGUGACCUAUGCCGGCUUUUCCCGCCUGAAGGCAGACUUAAAUUGCAUGAGUGACUUGGUCAAAUCCAAGGUCGGCUGGAGGAAGGUGGUGAACCUGUGUGGGCAGGACUUCCCAAUCAAGAGCAACCUGGAACUGGUGCGGUACAUGCAGAGCAAAGAGUGGCGUGACAUCAACAUGACGCCAGGGAUCAAGCAGCCAGCGCAUAUGAGACACCGGACGCAGCUCCAACACAAAGAGAUUGUUGGUUCUCACGUGGCCCUCAAAGGGCUCAAGAAAGGUCCUCCUCCACACAAGAUGCAAAUAUAUUUUGGCACAGCCUACUACGCACUCACGAGAGGCUUUGUCGACUUUGUUCUGAAGAGCCCCAAAGCCCGCGACCUCUUGGAGUGGUCCAGGGACACAUUCAGUCCAGACGAGCACUACUGGGUGACGCUUAACCACAUCAAAGACGCUCCAGGUAGCAACCCAGAUGGAGGCUGGGCAGGAGCUAUCCGAGCUAUCAAGUGGCGGGACCAAGAAGGAGAGAAGCACAACGGCUGCAAUGGCCGUUAUGUGCGAGACAUCUGCAUCUAUGGAGUGGAGGACCUGCCGUGGAUCAUCGAAAGGAACAGCAUGUUUGCCAACAAAUUUGACAGCCACGACUUCCCAGAGGCUCUGGACUGUCUGGAGCAGUGGCACAGGAACAAGGUGCUGAGCCAGGCCACUGUUCCCAUAGAGGCAUCAUGGCUGUUGGCCACACAGAGCAACUCAAGCAGCAGUAGCAGUCUCAACAAGUGUGCUGCUGGAUAAACUCAAUUGUGGUAUUUGUGUCAUUAGUGAACGUUCAGCAUAAUGUCCAGAUUGCUUGCACUCAUUCAGGGGGUGGAAACAUAAAAAAUGAUGUCCAGGAAAUGGGAUGAUGCACUGACUGUUUUGAGCACUGACGUAAUGACCGAUGACUAGUAUAAUUCGUGUAUGUUUAUGAAACUGCUAGACGGCUGCUCUUCUUGAUAAUCAUACUACAUAUUAUGUAUGAAAUUCUGUCAACUGGUUACUGAUUGCUUUGUCAAAGCAAAUCAAGUAAUAAAUAUUAUUGUGAAAUUAUUUACAGGGGGCUGUAAAUGGUAGAACAUUCAUGUUAAAUUUCCAUAAAUGUUCCAUGGAAAGUUAAGCUGCAGGGUUUUUUAUUCAUUUUUAAUUUUUUCCCCAUGACAUUUAAUGGGAAUUAACUAAAUAUUUUGUACUUUAUAAAAAUUGUAUUGUACACAAACCAUAAUAAUGACAAUUUUGCUUUUCUCAUCGGCAGACAUGCACGCAAACUAUCCUAAACCUAAACAUAUACCAGGUGUAUGUGUUGUCUGAAUAAAGUAACACACUUUGUGUACCGUUCAGCUAUAUAGACAAUUAUAUUAAAAUAUAAGCUAUUUAUCAUAUCCAAAAAUGCCUCAAUGUUAGUUGCCAAAAGUGCUGCUCACCUUGUGGCAGAUUUCGGUCUUCACCUCCUUGAGGGCACGGUCCGAGAAGACACAACCGCAUGUCUGCAGGUAACAGAACCUGAAAAUUAAAACAUCAGGGAAAUUACAUAUUGUACAUAUUGUGUUUUCAUUUAUAAUGCCCUGUUGUGUAGAGCUGGCUGUUUCUGUUACCUAUGCCUGCCGUUCAUCUCUAACCCGACAACAGGGCAAAUAAACAUUCCACAGUGGAUGUCCUCAUAUCUGUCUCCUUUGGUGUUCCUUCUCUCUCCUUCCCACUCUGGGUUAUCAGUCAAAUUGAGUUCUUUUAUAUCCUAAAAUACAAAAAAAUAAUAAUCCAGUAAUUCCACACACAUCCAAGUAUGAAUCCUGUGUAUUAGGGGUGUCACGAAAUCUUGUGAUACAAGAUUAAAACGGAAUGAGAUUUCACGAGAACAGGAUAAGUGGAUAUCAGAAAGUGGAUAUCACAUUCAUGGGGUACGUACUAACUUUCAAGUG